AUGCUAUAUUGUAAAGCAUUCUUAAUAAUUGCUUUCAUACUCACCCUGGUUAAAUCAAUAUUGAUCGAAAAUGCAUUCACAUCAACAGAAUCAAUAAAUUAUUUAUAUCAGACUCCUGUUACUAAUUUACAUAUUUUGAAUGAUCAAGUUUUGAUAGCCAAGAACAAAGUCAACCAGACGAUUGGGAUUGAUAUUUUGAAUUAUUAUACUAUUAAAUGGAACAUAGGGGAUAUAUUGAAUGACUAUCAAUUAAUAUUUAACAAUGACAAUAUUUUUGGAUGGAAGUAUGCAGAAAAGGAAAUAAUCAAAAUCGACAGUAAUGGUCAAUUUGAGUUUAUACCAAUUGAAUUUGAAAUAGGACAUUUGUAUGAUAUUAAAUAUGGAGGUUUGAUAAUUUUGGGCACAAAUGGCGAAUUGAGUUAUCUAGAUCAACAAGAUAAAUCUCAUAUUAUCAAAGCUGAGAAAGUAUCUACCGUAUUGGUAGACAGUUCUCAAGGAAACAUUUUUUUGGUAUUAAAUGGUCAAGAAAUAUUAAAAUUGUCAUUGACUGGAUCGAUCAUUAGUCGAAAAUCUAUUUCUGUGGAAUCGAUCAGAGAACUUAAGUCUGGAAUUGCUUUAACUCAUAAUGAUCAAAUUUUCAAAAUUGAUUCACAAUUAAAUUUCAAAGGAAUUGAGAAUUAUAAAUUCAACAACUUAGCAGUUAUAAACUCGAACUUUUUGUAUUCUAGAUUUUCCAAUGAGGUCAAACUAAUUGCAAUUGAUAAAAAAGUAGCAAAAGAAGUUCAUUCUUUUAAAACCACAUCCAAUGUCCAAUGGUAUUCAAACCCUUUCAAUGAAAUUCUUAUAGUCAAUGAUGGAUUGACAAGAGUAUUUUACGACUUAACUGACUUUUUACAAACCAAAAAUGCAAACAGUAUCAAAAAGAUACAAUUUAAAUUGGAAGGUAAUUAUCCUUACGAUUUUGUUAUUAACACAAGCAAUAACGAAUUAGCUUAUCUUGCAAUCGACGAGGAACUAAAUGGAGAAUUGUUUAGUCUUUUCAAUGGUCAAAAAUUGAAAACUGUGUCAACUAAAAAUAACCAAUUUUCGUCUUCAAAAGAUCUAUAUAUCAUUAUUGACGCCCCAGAAAAUGAAAAGUCCAAAAUUGAAAAUGAGCAAUUAUCAAAAGAAUUUAACGAGGGAUUGAUAUUUACAAACUGGUUUAAUAGAGUGUUAACGCAUGCAACUGAUUUAUUCAAAUUCAUUUUAAAUCUUCCAGGCUUGCUUACGGAGAAGGAAACCGCAAGUUCGAUUUUCAAUAAGUUAAUCGUAUUUUAUGACGAUAGAGCAGGUAAGUUGGUGGCAGUAAACUCGCAUGACGAGGGUGUUGCUUGGACUACUGAUAUUGAAAAUGACGAAAUUUUUUCUUUGAUACAAUUGAAUGAAGAUGCAAAUGGAGUCAUCCUUGCUUUGUUCAAAAACAAUAUUUACAUAAUUGAUCCAAAUGAAGGUAAACUUAUUGAUUCAUUUCCAAAUGAGAACAAUAUUGAUGUGAAAGCUAUUAAUGAUCAUUAUGUGUUAGAAAAUGAUUCUGGUUUUACUAUACCCCAGUCAUCAAAGGAGGAUAUUUUUUUGAUUAAACAGAGUGAUAAUGAAAUUACAGGAAAUGUAAUAUUUAAUGGCUCCAAAGAAUCCGUGAAAACGUGGUCAAUCAACUUUGAUAACCCCAUCAUUCAAGUUCAAACUAUUCCUAGAUCUUCAAAGAUUUCGUCCGUAGGGAUACCAUUAGUUGAUAAAUCAAUUUUAUACAAGUACUUAAAUGAAAACAUCUUUGCUGUACUAACAAUGGAAGAAAAAUUAAAAUUAUAUCUCAUAGAUGGUAUUAGUGGUGAAUUGUUGUAUACUUAUUCACAUGAUUUUAAAAAUGAAAUCAUAGAUCCAAACUCAAUAUCGCUAGUUAUUGACAAUAAUUGGAUAAUCUACUCCUAUUUCACAAUCUCACCAAGAUUAGAACAAAGAAUCAAUGUAAUUGAUUUAUUUUCAAAUAAACAAAAUCAAAAAAUCACUAAAAUUACAGCACAAUCAUUUAUAUUUCCUGAACGUAUAUUAAAAUUAAGUUCAACUCAAUCAAAAUAUGGAAUUACCACAAAAUCAAUAAUUGCAUUAACUGAAUCAGGUUCUCUUGUUGAAAUUCCAAAAUAUAUAUUAAAUUCAAGAAGACCAAUUAAUGAAAUGAAACCAACUGAAGCUGGUAAUGAUUUUAGAUUAACACCCUAUGAUCCAAUUAUUUAUAAAAGUCAUAAUCAUGUUUUAAAUCAUAAAUAUCAAAUAUCACCUAUAGGAGGUGAAAUAUUAAUUAAACCAACCCAAUAUGAAAGUUCUUCUGUUGUUUGUUACUUCAAUGAUCAAAAUCAAUUUUGUUCAGUUAUAAAACCUAGUUCAUCAUUCGAUUUAUUGAAUAAAAAAUUUGAGAAAUUAAAAUUGAUUUUAACUUUGAUUAUUUUAAUUGGUGGUUAUUUGAUAAGUAAACCCUAUGUAGAUAGAAAGAAACUAAAAGCUUAUUGGUUAGAUUAUAAAUAG